AUGUGGCGACUGACUGUAUUCUGCCUCGGGGUUGGUCUGUUGGCCCAGGCCUACUCUGUUGAAUCCGAGGGAUCUCACAAGGAACUCCUCCAGAGAUUACUCCGGGUGCUUACUGAGAAGGCUAGUGAGGACGCACUAAGAGAAAUCACGCAUCAGUUUGAGGAACGUGGGAGUGGAAAUAAUAAAGGCGGCGAUAACGAUGACAACGCUGAGAAUGACGAUGACGCGGAUCUCGGACGUUUACUGGAAACGGUGCAGAGAAUAUGUACUGAGGCAGAUUUCGACGGUGUUCCCGUAUCGGUAAAGCAAACACUGGAGAAUAUUUGUUCCGUCCUCGACGAUGAGGACAAUGAAGGUGAGGAUGAAGACUCGGAUUCAUCAGAAGACGAAGAAGACUCGGAAUCAUCAGAAGACGGAAACGAAACAAGGGGUAAACCAAAACCAUCUAAACUUAAGAAGACAGUUAAAAAAGCUUUAAGCUCCCUUGAUAAAUCAUGCAAGGCUAUUCAGAAAUCGGACGCUGGCACGGGACCGGAACGCGACAUGUUAGAAGAAAUUUGUGAAGCAUUAAAUGACGGUAAAGGUAAAAGUAACAUAGACGAAAGACGUAAAGAUCCCAAUGCAAAGACACUCAAGUCAUUUAAGAAAACAUUAUCAUCCCUCGAAGAUUUGUGUGAAAACGACGCUAUCGACACUCUAAAGAUGAAGUUUCGCGGAAGACCAGUUGGUGAGAUCUUUGAUAUUGUCUGCAAGAUAAUAUCAGGCGGACCUAGUCCAACUGAAGAGCCGAAACCAACUGGUGGACCAAAACCAACUGGAGAACCAAAACCAACCGACGAGCAAAUAAAGCGCGCAUUAGGCAUGUUGAAGAAAGCAUGUAAAGCUAUAGAAAAAACAAACGACGGACAAGGUCCCGCUCGUGUCGUCAUUGAGGAAAUUUGUCAGUCAGUGACAGGAAAGGGAGAUGACGACAAAAAAACGAACAGUUCAGAACAAAGGCGCGGGAAAAAACCUGGUGACAAUGCACGCUUAUUUCAGGAUACGCUGGCAGCUCUGACUGAUAUAUGUGACAAAAGCGUCCCCGCCACAAAGCGCAAUAAAAUGUGGGGCAAAACCUUUGAUGAUCUUUUUGAUACAAUCUGCGACAUUAUAGAUGGUGAUGGCGUUUAUCCAACCGGAGGACCAAAACCAACUGGAGGACCAAAGCCAACUGGAGGACCAAAACCAACUGGAGGACCUAAGCCAACUGGAGAACCCAAACGAAGAGGACAAGUUGGCGUUAUGGAAAAAAGACGGAAACCCAAACCAACGGAUAUCAAAAAGCAAGUAAAACACGCUAUAGGCUUGUUAAGCAGAGCGUGUAGGGUCGUUGAGACAUCGAGCGUGGGAAUUGGACCCGCCCGCGUAGUUAUCGAAGAAAUUUGCAUAACAUUAAAUUACGAUAACGACGAAGAAGAAAAAGAAGAAGGCGAUGAAACAGAAAAACGUGGAGGUCCCCUUGGCAAAUGGCGAUUAUUUGAAGAUGCAAUAUCAGCCCUAAGAGACGUGUGUGAAAACGAUGCUAUCGACAACCUUGAUAUGCAGAUAGGCGGAAGACCAAUCGGUGAUAUCUUAGACGUAGUCUGCGGUAUAAUUGAUAGUGAAGACGAAGGCGGACCGAGUCCAACUGGAGGACCCAGACCAACUGGAGGACCCAGACCAACUGGAGGACCAAGACCAAGUAGAGGACCCCGCCCAACUGGAGGACCAAGACCAACCGGAGGACCCAGACCAACUGGUAGACCAAGACCAACUGGAGGACCCAGACCGACUGGAAGACCAAUAGACAGAAAAGUCAAAUUCUAUAUCAGUGUGUUGAAGAAAAUUAAUCAAGCGUGUUCUGAUAAUGAUGACACCUCAAUAGAUGCCCUUCUCCAGGCUAUCUGCGAAGUUCUUAACUGAUGCAUGUCGCCAAGACAUUUUUAUAUAUAACAGGCACUUGAAUAUAAUAUAACACUGGGCAUAUUAUAAAAGGCACCUUUUAUCGUAAGCGAACUUAAAAUUUAAUCACGGUAAAAAGUUGAUAUGUUUAAAUGUAUAAUGAAUCUUAUAAGGUAUCUCGUGUAAAAUUUUAUUAAAUACAGUAACAACACUGCUACUGAAAUAAAUAUUAAGCUGGCUUGCUAUACACGUUUCCUUUUCUGGGUUAUGCUACAACGAUAUGGAAUCAGUUUCCAAACCAGCACAAUAUUUUCGAAAUAAUUUUGUCUGAUUUUGUUCUGAAAUAUCCAGGUAUGAUAGAUUUUGUGUUCAAAUUAUCUUCGGUUUGCGUUUUUUUGCGAUGAAAAGUGAAGGAUGAAUUUGAAGAUUGAAUAGAGAAUGAUGUCCAAAAAAGAAAGACAUGAAAAAUGUAAGGGAGGUCUGUACACAAUAUAAUUCGACACAAAUCUCCAGAAAUAAAACAUAUUUUGUAUGUAUAAAAA